UCUCUCGUUCGCUUUCGAGACAAGUUGAGCGCCUAAUACGGCAACGCGACGUAACACACACUAAAAUGAGUAUCUCGGAGGCGUACAAUUAUUACAACGUGAAACUAGCAGAUCCAAGGACCAACAACUGGCCAUUAGUCGGCAACCCGACGCACAUAUGUUUAAUUUUAUUCGCAUACGCAUAUUUUGUAUUGAAAUAUGGACGGCAAUACAUGGAACAUAGAAAACCAUAUUCUCUAAAAACAUUUAUCUUCUAUUACAACAUAUUUCAAAUAGUGUCAAACGCCAUUAUUGUAUAUACGUUCUACACAUCCGGCUGGGCGACAGAGUUUACUUUAGGAUGUGAGCCGGUACGAUACACAACGAGGCCGAUUGAUAUAAGAAUGUUGAACGUCACGUAUAGCACGUUAAUGUUGAAAACUAUAGAUUUGGUUGAAACAGUUAUUUUCGUUUUAAGAAAAAAGUACAAUCAAAUAACAUUUUUACAUGUGUAUCAUCACAUUAGUACAGUUCUAGUCACAUAUAUUUGUUUAAAAUAUUUCCCGGGUGGAAUGCUAUCGAUGCAAAUGAUAAUUAAUGGAUCAGUACAUGUUAUUAUGUACACAUAUUACCUCUUGGCAAGUUUGGGAUCUUCUUGGCAAAACAUGCUUAGUCUAGUGAAGCCUUAUAUAACGCGGAUACAAAUCAUUCAGUUUUUGUUCCUUGUAUGGCAUCAGGCUCAAGCGUUUUCAUCAUCUUGUCCUGUACCCAAGUUUGCUCCAGCUUUGAUCUGUGGCAAUUUACUGUUAAAUUUAGCUUUAUUCCUCAAUUUUUACAGGCAAAGCUAUCGGAAACGCGUCAAAUCCACUUGAGGAAACAAGUGGAAAAUUAAUUCAGAUGUUAAGUGUAAAUAUGUACAUUCAAACGACAGCCAUUUGUUCAUGCAUCCCAUUUUCAUAUAUCUGCUGUGCUUGCUUACAAUUUCAAAUCGUAAGUGAAGUUUUAUGUAUACGUUUAGGCUAUUUUCGUUAAUCUCUAUGUUUAUAAUUUUUAUGAGAUAUUGUAAGUAGACAUUAAUGAGCGUUCAAAAAUGCAAUUAUUUAAUAUAUAAUGUAAUUGCUGAUUAAAAGCAUCGUUGAAGUUUUAAUCGUGAACGAAAAUCGACAAAACAUUGCUUAAAAAACUCGUAAUGCUUAAUUGUUUUGAACAUUUGUUGUUUUAAAUUA